AUGGAGAGAUUUACGCAGUUCCGUGAUCGAGGCACCGGAGUCGCGCCCUUUUUCCCUCCCCCUCCUCCGCCGCUUGGCUUCCCCAAGUUGAUUGUAUGGGUUACCCUGUUUUGGUUCCGUCUUUUCAUCUUCAUACCCAUAUGCCUCGCCUAUUUUAUGGUCUUUCAUUGGCUACCCCUCCCAUCGCUAGUCAGGAAAGGCUUUCUAUGGCUCAUUCUGGCUGUGCCCAGUUUUUGGUGGAUUGAUCUCCAAGUAGACGGAGUCAGAAAAGGAACCCUCGGUAGCACACAGCACCAAAAUCGUCUACCUGGCCCCGGCUCUGUCAUUGCUUCCUCCUUCACCUCUCCGAUCGAUCCCUUCUACUUGGCGGCCGUCUUCAAUCCUGUCUUCGUGGCCUGCUAUCCGUACACCGGUGAAGUGGAGCACCUGUCUCUUUGGCAAGCGAUUCUUCGCGCCUUUGCCGACCCACAACCGACUCCGAAGCCCAAUGCCCGUAUGGUCAGCCUCUUCUCUAUCAUACAGAAAUACCCCAACAGGUCUAUCGCCCUGUUUCCAGAAUGCACCACCACAAACGGGCAGGGCGUCCUGCCGCUAAGCCCAGCCCUCCUGAGCGCUCCUCACAGGACCAAAAUCUUCCCUGUGACCUUGCGCCAUGAUCCUAAGGAGCUGAUGACUCCGGUACCGGGGACCUACUUUACCUGGUUGUGGCGUCUACUGGGUCGGCCAAGUCACUUCAUUCGGGUCCGCAUUGGACAGGCAGUCGUUGGCGUCACUGCGGAAGAUUUGCCUGUCGUAGAGCCACACGGGGACGCGCCUGGCGGCAUGAAUGGCAAUGAUGGCCAACCCUUUAGGGAAGACCACGUGUUGGUCCUUCAAGAGCAGGUGCCAAACCAUGUGGCCGAUUCGCUUGCUCGACUAGGUCGGGCCAGGCGGGUGGCCUUGGAUGUGCGAGAGAAGGAGGAGUUUGUCAAACUGUACAGGAAAUAUAACUGGACAUGGUGA